GCCGCCCCUUUUCCGGCAUAAGAAGCCUCCAGCCUCCAGCCGCCACUGCUGGCUCAAUUCUGGCUGGCAAAGAGGCAGCAGCUGCAUGCUUCUUGUGCCCAAAACUACCGAAAACUACAGGCCUGUCACUGGCUGUUCUUCACCCCAUUGACUGCUGGUGCAUGUGUACGACCGCACCACAUUGCCAGACUCGGCCAGGGGAACGGCCUGCUGCACCAGAGGGGCAGUGUUGCAGCAGAGUUGCUUGAAAGGCAGCCGGACUGCAGUGUCCCUUUAAGAUGCAGACGUCUUAACCUGUCCAAAGGUGAACAGCGUUGAAGAGCAAAAGUCAAGGGUCAGGAUGUUUCAAGUAGCUCGGAACAUCCUGGUGACCGGUACUAACCGGGGAAUUGGAUUUGGACUGGUGAAAGAGCUGGUGAAAUUGAACCCUUCUCCGGGCCAUAUUUUUGCAACAUGUAGGAACCCUGCUGGACCUGAAUCAAAGGCUUUGCAGAAUUUUGCUACUCAGCAUGACAACACUUACGUGGUUCAAUUAGAUACGACAGACCUUUCCAGUAUCCGGCGGGCUGUGUCAGAAGUGGAAUCCCAUCUGAAAGGACAAGGGCUCAAUCUGCUAAUCAACAAUGCUGCCAGAAAUUCCCAGGCCCUUUUCCUGGAAAACGUCGAUCAGGAAGAUAUGCUAUCGUCAUACAAGACCAAUGCAGUGGGGCCCCUCCUAGUUGUCAAAGAAUUCCUGCCUCUCCUGAAGAAGGCUGCCAAGGAGACCACAAAACAAAACAUGGGAGGCAGCAAGGCAGUUGUCAUCAACAUAUCUUCUGUGAUUAGCUCCAUUGGGCAGGGUUUUAAAACCGUAAUAGUACCAGUUCCUCCAAUGUACCAAUAUCGUGUCAGCAAGACAGCGCUGAACAUGGUCAAUGCCUGCCUUGCAGAGGAACUAAAAAAAGAUGGGAUUGCAUGUGUCCUGCUCCAUCCUGGAUGGGUGAAAACUGACAUGGGAUCAGAACAGACCUUGAAUGAGCUCGCUAGCAAGUAUUCCAACAUUCACAUCAUCCAGCUGGAGGUGGAGGAUCAGUCCAGUGUGAAGGCAGCUGCUUCGGUGGUUGAGUCUCUUCUACAUGGUAAAGGCUUAAACCUCCUGAUCAAUAAUGCCGGUGUGAACUCCUACGCCACUCUGGAAACAGUGGAGCAGCAAGAGAUGCUGUCUGCUUUCAACACCAAUGUGGUGGGGCCCAUCCUUGUGGUUAAGGAAUUUCUGCCUCUGCUGAAGAAAGCAGCCCGAGCGGCAACCAUGAAGGAGAUGAGUUGCCAGAGGGCAGCCAUCAUCAAUAUAACUUCCAAGUUGGCCUCCAUUGAACGGGGUUUUGAAGUCAUGAAAGGACCGAUGUACCCUUAUCGUGCAAGCAAGGCUGCUUUGAACAUGGUGACGGUCUGUUUCGCUUUGGAACUAAAAGAGGAAGGGAUCUUGUGUACUGUAAUCCAUCCCGGCUGGGUGAAAACAGACAUGGGAACGGAGCAGGCUCCUGUGACUGUGCAGAACAGUGUGCGAGGCAUCCUCAAUGUGCUUGCUAAUUUAUCAUCAGCCUCCAAUGGGGCCUUUCUAGACUGGGAAGGCAACGCACUCCCUUGGUGAGAUGUGCUUGUCCUUUCCACCAAGAAAAAAAAAAAGGUGUUGGGUAUAUUUAUCUUUUUUUUAAUUGUAUUUUUGUAUCACUGUUGUGUUUUUAGUGUUUGUAUGGUUUAUAUUUCAUUUGCUGUAAGUAAGUUCUGAUUUUGAUGGUAUAGAAAUAUAUUUAAUCAACCAUCCAUCCAUCCAAUCAUCCAACCAACUAACUACCAACCAUCCAUCCAACCAUCCAAACAAACAAACAGCUAAACAACUACCAAGCAUCCAAUCAACCAACCAACCAACCACUCAUCCAACCAACAAACUACCAACCAUCCAACCAUCCAACCAUCCAACCAUCCAACCAACCACUCAUCCAACCAACCAACCAACCAACCAACCAACUACAAACCAUCCAAUCAUCCAAACAACCAACCAAUUACCAACCAUCCAACCAUCCAACCAUCCAACCAACCACCAACCAUCCAACCAUUCAACCAAUCAUCUAACCAUCCAUCCAACCAACCAACCAACCAUCCAACCAACCAACUACCAACCAUCUAACAAUCCAAACAAACAAUUACCAACCAUCCAUCCAUCCAUCCAACCAACCACUCAUCCAACCAACCAACUACCAACCAUCCAUCCAUCCAACCAACCAACCACUCAUCCAACCAACAAACUACCAACCAUCCAUCCAUCCAACCAACCACUCAUCCAACCAACCAACCAACCAACUACAAACCAUCCAACCAUCCAAACAACCAACAAUCAACCAAUCAAGAUGGAAACUUCCACUAGGGUGUGACCUCCAACUUUUAAUUUGUUUGUAUUGUAGAUAAAGUCCUUAGCUGGAAUCAACUUCAAGUCUAAAUUAGUUGUGGGUUUGUCAUCCACAAAUAUGACUUACCUCUGCUGGAAAUCAUGCAACUUAAAGUAUUCUCUAGUUGACAGAUGAUUUUGUCAAUGCUGAUGGUACUCAAGUGCUAUCCAAUGUUUUGGAACUGAACCCAAUGCACUUACUAUUGUUACUAUUAUUAUAAUCAUGGAUGUUUAGAGUGGAUUUGGCAAUUUUAUCUACUGAUUGGGUUCUAAGAACCUGGGUUAGGCAGAUGAUGUUAUUUGAUGGUGUUAAAAGUAUUGUUGCAGGGUGUAAGCUGUUAUUAUCAUUGAGGCUGGUUCUACAGUCAGCCAGAUGUUUAGAUUGGAUUUGGUAUUUUAUUGCAUAUCAAGUUAUUAUUAUUUUUAUUAGACUUAUCUUCAUUUUCUUUUGUGAAGCACCAAUCUAAAGAAUAAGUCAUUCUUUCACUUUCCAUACAUGACUCCUGCUGUUCAAACUACUUGCUGUUCAACAAUUAGCUUAGAUAAUCACAUUUUAAGACCUUAAACAUUAAAACAUGGAUGUGUGACCAAAUAUUUAUUGUCUAUAGAUGUAUGGCAGUGAGGGUAUAGAUUCAAUUUUUUUCCAGAAAAUAUGAUAAAUAAUUUCAAUUUUCAAAGACUGCAAUAAAAACAGUAGAAAUGCCUUAAUCUUUUUUUUUCAGAUCUCUUCCACAGGACCACGCAUCUAACAUGACAUGUUUGAUGAUAUAGUUCAAUAUAUCACCUGUUUCUUCCAUUCAUAGAUAGAUAGAAAUGAAAAAACAAACAAACACCAAAUCGCUACAAUCUAUGGUUAAAAUUCAAAAUUCAAGCUCUGCCCAUUGCAGUGCCAGGUUCUGAAGACUUCCGUAGAUUAGGAGUCCCCAACCUUGACAACUUUAAGCCUGGAGGACUUCAACUCACAGAAUACCCCAGCCAGCAAAGCUGGCUGGGGAAUUCUGGGUGUUGAAAUCCACCAGGCUUAAAGUUGCCAAUGUUGGGGACCCCUGCUGUAGAUCAUGGUCCAUGGAACGCUCACCAGGAGAUCAUGUUCCCUUCCCAGUCCAGAAAGGUUCCCGCAGAUCAGAGGUGGUAUUCAGCUGGUUUGCAUCGGUUUCGGUGAACCGAUAGCAGCAAUUUGGCCUGGGUCACCAAACCGGUAGCGACUUCUGGUAGUGACUUCUGGCCCUCUUUGAGAGCCACUUUGCGGCUGCGGUGGCAGCUGGAAUUAUUUUUUUCAUACGGGGUUCUGUGAGCGUGGCUUGGUGGGGGGGUGUCAUGUGACUGAGUGGGCAUGGGCGUGAGUGAUAUCAAGUUGGCCAUGCCCACUCAGUCACAUGACCCACCACCAUCAGGCCACGCCCACAGAACCGGUAGUGGAAAAAUUUGAAUCCCACCACUGCUGCAGAUGAUGAUGAUAAACCAGCCAACAUUUUAAGAAUACACUCUUCUGAACGGUCAAGGGUGCCUUUGAGAAGAAAAGAGAAAGGAAGGGACAGCAUUUUAAGGAGUGCCUGAUACAUGUCUUUGGGAGGUGGGAGAGGAAGAAAGAGAGGGAGCUGGCUUUAAUUCAGUGGUGAAAUCCAAAUAUUUUUGCUACCAGUUCUGUGGGCGUGGCUUGGUGGGUGUGGUGUGGCUUGGUGGGCAUGGCAGGGAAAGGAUACUGCAAAAUCCCCAUUCCCACCCCACCCUGGGGCCAGCCAGAAUUGAUAUUUGCUGGUUCUCCGAACUACUCAAAAUUUCCGCUACCGGUUCUCCAAAACCUGUCAGAACCUGCCGGAUUUCAGCGCUGCUUUAAUUGGUUUUUUAAAAAUACAGUUCAUACCUUCAUUACAGCUAAGUAUAAACCUCAAAGGACUAGGACAACAAAGGACAACAAAGAAUGUUCUUUCUGCGCCAACUCAGUAAGCUCAAACUGCCCAAGGAGCUGCUGAUUCAGUUCUAUAGAGGAAUUAUUGAGUCUGUCAUUUGCACCUCUAUAACUGUCUGGUUCGGUUCUGCAACCCAACAAGAAAAACACAGACUUCAGAGGAUAAUUAGAACUGCAGAAAAAAUAAUUGCUACCAACCUGCCUUCCAUUGAGGACCUGUAUACUGCACGAAUCAAGAAGAGGGCCGUGAAAAUAUUUACAGACCCCUCGCAUCCUGGACAUAAACUGUUUCAACUCCUACCCUCAAAACGACACUAUAGAGCACUGCACACCAGAACAACUAGACACAAGAACAGUUUUUUCCCGAAGGCCAUCACUCUGCUAAACAAAUAAUUCCAUCAACACUGUCAAACUAUUUACUGAAUCUGCACUACUAUUAAUCUUCUCAUAGUUCCCAUCACCAAUCUCUUUCCAUUUAUGACUGUAUGACUAUAACUUGUUGCUGGCAAUCCUUAUGAUUUAUAUUGAUAUAUUGACCAUCAAUUGUGUUGUAAAUGUUGUACCUUGAUGAACGUAUCUUUUCUUUUAUGUACACUGAGAGCAUCUGCACCAAGAUUCCUUGUGUGUCCAAUCACACUUGGCCAAUAAAAAAUUCUAUUCUAUUCUA